ACGAUUAGGAUUUCUGAAACAAACACACAGAACCAUCACACAUAUAUAUUUGUGCAUAUAUACAUAUAUAUUUAUAUAUAAUGGCUACUUUACUGAAGGAAGUUGGCGAUGAGAAAGAACAGAAGGAAAUUGAUGAUGUGAAAGAACAGAAGGAAGUUGAUGAUGAGAAAGAACAGAGGGAAAGUGAGACACGAGGAGUAAUAACUUCUAUCAGCAAGCAGGAUUUUGAAAUUCCAAUGCCUACAGCUGAAAUUCCUUACACUCGCUCUAUCAGUAGCUUGACCAUUCCUCCUUUCUUCACCAAUUACCCUGAUCUCUGGUUUGUCCAGGUAGAGGCACUGUUCCUGAUAAACGGUAUUACAUGUGAGGCUACUCGCUUUGCAUAUAUUGUUUCUUCACUCCCAUAUAAUGUAAUUCAGAAAGUACGUGAUCUUCUUGUUGCACCUCCGAAUUCUGUGAGUUACGCUACAUUAAAGGAGGAGCUAAUUAAACGCACCUCUAUUUCUCAGGAGGAGCGCUUUAACCAGCUUCUUUUUGGGGAGAAACUUGAAGACCAAAAACCUUCCCAGCUUCUCCAUCAUAUGCGGUACCUACUAGCUGACAACACCAUGAGCAAAGAAUUUUUUAAAGAGCUUUUUUUUGCAAAACUUCCUGCCAAAACUAAAAUGAUAUUAGUAGUUUUUAAAAAUCAACAGUCUGUUGAGAAACUCGCUGAAGUAGCUGAUCGCAUUGAAGAAAUCACUUCCUCAGCGUCAACUGUGACUAAAGUGGCAACCAAGUUACCUGCCACAAGCUGUCUUUCACCAUAUAACUCAAAGCCUGAAAAAGAGGAUUUGCAAAAGGAAGCACUUCCAAUACAAAUCCAACCAUUGGAGAUAGACAGAGUAAAGUAUAGAAGCAGUAGUGAAUCUUCUUGUAGCUCCAGUUUGUCCAAAUCUGUUGACUGGAAAUGCUGGUAUCACAGGAAGUUUGGUAGCAAUGCUCGCCACUGCGUCCAACCUUGUUCCUUCAGCCCAAAAAACAAUACCAGGUAUUAUUGGUAAUAGAUUUACUUGGCCAGACCCCUUACAGCCUACUUAGCAUUAUAAAAGCCUUUUUUCAAAAUUAAAAAAAAAAUUUUUUUAACAGCCAGUAUGUAUUACAUAGGUGCUGUACUCUUUUGAUCUCUCUUACUCUUAUAAUUUCUAUAAAGGCAUAAACAUCUGAGAAGAGCUGUCUAACAUCCACACAUGUCAUUCAAGAAUCAAUGUUUUCACAUGGACUGAUACUCUACUAAGUAAUAAGCCCACUACCCUAGCCACUGGGUGUUGUGCUAUGCCUUCAUGAAAAAAUUUUUUAAUCCUAUGAAUAUAUGCACACACCUAAAUCAUCUUUUAAUGCUCAUUUUUUUUUAUUUGAAAUAUGAGGGUUGGCUAAAACGUUCAUAGACUGAUCAAGAUACUCUCAUGUGAUGUGAUCAAAUGAGGUUUAUUUUUAGACAUAGCACUUCUUGUGGGCCACACAUUUCUUCUAUUAGUAUUGCAGUGCUUGGAUCCCAUUCAUGAAGAAGCUUUCAUCCUGCUGUUCAAAAGAUCAUUAACAACAAAUAUGUCAUUAUCACUGUAAUACUGGUUCCUAACCAAGUGUUUUUCAUAUUAGAGAACAGAUGAAAAUCAGAUGGGACCAUAUGAGGAGAAUAGGGAGGGUGUUCAACCAGUUCAAAGCCACAGUCAUCUAUUGUAGCCAUUGAAACUAACGAUUUGUAUGCUGGAGCAUUGUAACACCACGAUGCCAAAUUUUGUCCAAGAGAAGUCGCUACAAGUUACUUUGAAGUCUUCUUUGAACAGUCAGAUGUCAGUUUUACCUGGAAAGGAACAAUGCAGCUAUUACUAAGAGUUGAAGUGGAUGUAUGCAAGAUUUCACACCUAGCAUCACUCUUUCAUAGUCAGCCUAUGAACUUUUCAGCCCACUCUUGUACUGUCAAUAAUUUUUCCUCAGUUAUUCCAUUAAGUUCC